ACAUUAUGCACCUUGGCUAGUCUACUGGUGGAACACUCAGAAGUGGUUCCCGUGCAAUAGUGUAAUAGCUGAAAAACCAAAAAUGUCUCCUCCAGAUCUACAAGUUGCUUCCAGAUCUGCUGAGCAUGCAAGCAAAAUACGAAAACUUAAGGAAUAUGCUGUAAAACAAGGAGUUUACGAGUCCCUCCAUCGUGACAUGAUGGUGGGGUUCGGGAAAUGGGAUUUUGAUCCUAUGGAUCUUAAGAGCCCUUUCCCAAAUGGUGAAGGCUCAGUCCACAUGUGGCAUGGUGUUGAAGACUGGGUUGUGCCUGUUAUAUUACAGCGCUACGUCGCACAAAGGCUUCCGUGGAUACAAUACCAUGAAGUACCCAAUGUUGGACAUUUGCUUAUUCAUGAUCGAGCCGUGAAGGAGGUUAUCUGGAAGACAUUCUUGGCCGGAGAGAAAGAGCAGAUAGUGCAUUCUUAAAUGGGAAGAAGGAGAUUUAGAGGUUCCUUUGUAAGAAGACACAUUCUGUGUCUUUUACUGGUAUAUCCUAUUGCAUACAUAUUAAUCAUAUAUAAAGCUCGUGAGCUAGUAGCUCAAGUUUUGGAACUUCGGUGGAUAAUGGUUUGCCCCUCUACCCUAACUGAGAAAUCCUGGGGAGACGCAAGUUUCGAAACUCGAUGGAUAAUGGAUUUGACCUUCUACCCUUCUUUAAGACGGUUUUGUGGUACUUGAAUGUGCAUUUCGGUUUAAAACGUUUUAGGUGUGGCCUUGUGGCAUAAUCUAAUGAUUUAACUUUGAUAA